AUGACUCUUAGUAUUUCGGGUACUAAUGAGAAAUUGGCCUGCAUUGGUAUUAAUCCCUUCCCGUCAUCUGACAACCAGUCUCGCAGUGUUCAGGGUAGCGCGGGCGAUACCACAUAUAAAUCGGUCACCGAAGCCGUCAAGCUUCAUUUGAAUUGCUCACCAAGAACGGGCGGAGAUCGUAUCAACCCUUAUCUCGAUGCUUCUAGGGCCUUCCAUAUCACUUUCUAUGAGAUUUUGAGCAUGUACCCGACUGAGCCUUUGAAUUCAGGUUACAGGUAUAAAGCGGAAGAGAAAAGAUUGAAAGAAGAAACUUGGAAGACCGGCCAUCUAUACAUAAAUCCAGCCUCGCCCCGGGGUACGGAAGCGCCUGUUUUUCGGCGAAGUGCAUUUACUAUUCUCGUUGCAACUGAAGAUCUGAACUCAACAGUAGAGAAAGCUCGUCGGCCAGACUUAUCCCCCGAAUGGGGAACAAUGCUUGUCCUCUGUCCAUCUCUCACGUCCAAGUGGUGUCAUAUGACAAGAGAGGAAGAUGUUUCCCUUAAAUGGAAAUGUAUUCUAGAGUACAACAGAGUCAGGGUUGGUGAGGUUGCAGUCAUCGCCGAGGAAUAUAAGAUUCUUCCGCAUCGUUGGUCUCAACUGUUGGACCAUAUCACCGGUCUUCUUGAGGAAGAUUUCAUGGAUCCUGAAAGUUAUGUCAAACUAAUUUUUGAUGACGAUCAACUAUCCACAUCCAAGAAGUACUUUUGGAUUCUUGCCUGUAUCCAAGAAUUUCGAACUCACAUCAUGGACAACAUUCAGCAAUGGAAUCUUUAUCGCCAAGCGCGACUCGAGCCAUUCUCUAGUUCAUGGCCAAAUGAGUUGACGGAACUCGUGAAGCACAUAGAACAAUCAUGCAGUGCCCUAGACGGAAUAAGAAACGAAAUGGAUGACAUAGUCGAGACAGUCAAGGCCCGUCGAGACGGAUUAUCAAUGCCAGCGCUUUGA